AUGGUAGCACUUGCUGAAGAAGAGCAGAAGAAGAAGAUGGAGAAGACACAGAUUCCUGUAGCCCGAGAAGAGAAGAUACUGGUUCUGGUGAGACUGAGACCCUUAAACGAGAAAGAGAUUGCAGCUAACGAAGCUGCGGAUUGGGAAUGUAUCAACGAUACCACCGUUUUGUACAGAAACACGUUGCGCGAAGGCUCAAACUUUCCUUCUGCAUACUCUUUUGAUAGAGUUUACAGAGGUGAUUGUCCGACCAGACAAGUUUACGAGGAUGGAACCAAGGAGAUUGCACUCUCUGUUGUCAAAGGAAUCAAUUGUAGUAUAUUCGCAUACGGCCAGACGAGUAGCGGAAAGACAUACACCAUGACUGGUAUCACUGAGUUUGCCGUGGCUGACAUCUUUGACUAUAUCUUUCAGCAUGAGGAAAGGGCAUUUUCCGUGAAAUUCUCAGCUAUAGAGAUCUACAAUGAGGCCAUACGAGAUCUGCUUAGCUCGGAUGGUACAUCGCUGAGGCUACGAGACGAUCCUGAGAAAGGGACUGUUGUUGAAAAAGCCACAGAGGAGACUCUGAGAGACUGGAACCAUCUCAAGGAGCUUCUCUCUGUUUGUGAAGCACAGCGUAAGAUUGGUGAAACCUCAUUGAAUGAGAGAAGUUCCAGAUCUCAUCAAAUUAUCAGACUGACAGUUGAAAGCUCUGCUCGUGAGUUCUUAGGAAAAGAAAACUCCACCACCCUCAUGGCCUCUGUGAAUUUGAUAGAUCUGGCGGGAAGUGAGCGAGCAUCACAGGCCAUGUCAGCUGGUGCUAGACUCAAGGAAGGCUGCCAUAUCAAUCGAAGUUUGCUCACUCUUGGAACUGUCAUCCGUAAACUUAGUAAGGGAAGACAAGGGCACAUCAACUUUAGAGACUCGAAGCUGACACGAAUUCUACAGCCAUGCUUGGGUGGUAAUGCAAGAACCGCCAUCAUCUGCACUCUCAGCCCAGCGAGGAGUCAUGUUGAGCUAACCAGGAACACUCUCUUGUUUGCCUGCUGUGCUAAGGAAGUCACCACUAAGGCCCGGAUCAAUGUUGUUAUGUCAGACAAGGCUCUCCUCAAGCAACUACAGCGUGAGCUUGCCAGGCUUGAGACCGAGCUCAGAAACCCUGUCUCAACUGCCUCAAACUGUGAUUGUGCCAUGACUGUGAGGAAGAAAGAUCUCCAGAUUCAAAAGAUGGAAAAGCAGAUGAAAGAGUUGAGAGAACAGAGGGAUCUUGCUCAAUCCAGGCUUGAAGAUUUCAUGAGAAUGGUUGAACACGAUGGAGCCUCAAAGUCUGGCACUCCGCAUUUCGGGAACCACACAGACAAGUGGGAGGAUGGUUCAGUCUCAGAGACAUCAGGGGUGGUCGAUUUAGAUGGAAUGUCGACACCGCUGUCAACAGCAAGAGCUUAUGUUCGGUCUCACUCUGAAGAAGAUGAUGUCGAUGAAGAGCUCCCUAGGCGUUCAGGAGAUCCAUCAGAGGAAUAUUGCAGAGAAGUUCAAUGCAUUGAGACUGAGGAGGAAUCAGGCAGAGUCUUUAAUAAUAACCACAAAGACGAGAGAGCAGAAACUGGAAACGUUUUAGGCCAACCAAACGUGAGGUUGAGAAGCUGGAACCGCACGGAGACCGUGCCAGGCACGUGCACUCCUCCUGAAAACUUAGGGACAGACUUCCUGGGAAGACCAGAGAGUCACAAGAUUGUGUUUCCUGAUUUGGAGUUUGGUUCUAGUAUGUCGAGGAAUGAUUCCAUGUCUUCUUGCGGAAGCGAUUCCACUGAAGCUCACAGCAUCAGAACGCCUCUGGGGGAAGAAGGAGGCAUCACUAGCAUCAGGACUUUCGUUGAAGGGCUUAAGGAGAUGGCUAAGCGUCAAGGCGAGGAGGAUGCUGGAAAAAUGGGGAGGGGCAUUAGUGUGGACUUCAUGGACAGGGAAUUUGAGAGACAGCGGCAAGAGAUUCUUGAGCUAUGGCACAGCUGUAAUAUUUCUUUGGUGCAUAGAACAUACUUUUACUUGCUCUUCAAAGGAGAUGAGGCGGAUUCAAUCUACAUCGGAGUUGAGCUAAGAAGACUUUUGUUUAUGAAAGAUAGCUUCUCUCGGGGGAACCAAGCUUUAGAAGGAGGAGAAACCUUAACACUGGCUUCAAGCCGAAAGGCGCUUCACAGGGAGAGGAAGAUGCUGAGCAAGCUUUUGGGGAAAAGGUUUUCAGGAGAAGAGAGGAAGAGAAUCUAUCACAAGUUUGGGAUUGCGAUUAACUCCAAACGCAGGCGGUUACAGCUUGUGAACGAGCUCUGGAGCAAUCCCAAGGACAUGACUCAGGUUGUGGAAAGCGCAGAUGUUGUAGCCAAGCUUGUGAGGUUCGCUGAGCAAGGCAGAGCCAUGAAGGAGAUGUUUGGUCUCACCUUCACGCCUCCUUCCUUCUUCACAACUCGGAGAUCGCAUAGUUGGAGAAAAAACAUGCCUACACUUUUCUAA